UAAUUCUUGUCUUGUUUUUUCAAGAACAAACUAGAAACUCUGUCUGAGGAGCUGAAGAGGAAAGGUGACUUUGUGGAGGAACUUCAGAGUAUGAACGGAAAGGACUUGGUGCAGGAGGUGGCGAAGCUCCGUCGCUCUCUGGAUGAUGCUGAAGGACUCAGCAGAGACACCAAGAAGGAAUGGGCUGUCCUGCGCAGUCAAAAUAUUGCUUUGGAGGAGACGACUAUGACUCUGACUGCCAGCUAUGAGAAGCUGGACACUGAGGUGACCAGCCUGCGUGCUCAACUUGAGACAGAGAAGUCCCGCUAUAGAAAGAUGCAGAACGAUCUCCAAAAAGAGCUGAAUGUUGCGUUUAAUGAGAACACCAAGCUCACCACUCUGCUCGAUGGAAAAGUCCCAAAAAAUCUCAUAGACAGCGUGGAACUUGAGAGAACAGUGGCUAACCUGACGAAGCAGGUGUGUGAGUUGACCGAGGAGCUAUGCGCUGUUCAGACUCACAGAGACAACCUGCUCUCAGCCCAAACUCUGCACCAGGACGAGGCUCAGCAGCUCAGAGACUCCCUGCAGACGUCCCAGGAUGAGAAUCUAAAAAUCCGAGCAGACUUUAGUGCUGCUGUGCUGAGGGAGCAGGAGCUGAGCCAGCAGCUCAUGGUCACCAUUGAAGAGACAGGCCUGAAACUGGAGGAGCAUGAACGACACAGAGCAUCACUGGAAGAAAAACUGAACGAGGCGCUGCAGCUAGUGAAGGAUUUGGAGGAGAAGCUUGCUGACAGUGAAGUUUCCAGAAGCACAGAGGAGGAGAUCAGCAAAGAACUCCAAGAACAACUGAAUCAGCUGACUGAAGAGCUUCAGUGUGUGCAAGCUGAGAAGGAGCAGAGUGCCAGAGUUCAAAGCUCUGCAGAGGAGAUGGAGAAGCUGCUCUCUACAGUCACAUCUCUGACUGCAGAGAGAGACCAGCUCAGGAAUGAGCUGCAGAUGGCUGUAGAGACGCAAGUUCUUCUUCAGUCUCUUCAGGACGAGCUCCAGGAGCAGAGGCAGAAGACCUCAGAUCAGGUUAAACUCAUCGAGCAGAAGGAAUCUGAUAUUCUGAGUCUGUCACAGGAGCUUCAGUGUGUGCGAUCUGAGAAAGACGCUUUCCAGACGGCGGGUGUUCAGAGCUCUGAUGGAGAGAUGGAGAAGCUGCUGUCUGCUGUGGCUUCUAUCACUGCAGAAAGAGACCAGCUCAAGAUAGACCUGCAGGAAAAUGUGGACAUGAUGAUUGAGAAUCAGGACGAGCUGAGGGCAGCUCUGGAGAAGAACUGUGAACAGAAGGAACGCAUCAAACAGCUGGAGACUGCACAAAAAUCCCAACAGGAUGCACCUCCCAGGGAUCUGAGUGAGCAGCAAGAAGAGUUGCAAACACAAAUAAAGACUCUGACUGAGCAGUUUGAGAGUGCUCAAGCAGAAAGAGACAGUCUGCUGUCUGAGAAAGAGGCCGGUGGUCAGACCUCCACAGAGGAGAUGGAGAAGCUGCUGUGCAGAGUGACGUCUCUCAGUGAGGAGAGAGAUCAGCUGCAGGAGAUCCUGGAGGGACUGAGACAGGAGAAGAAUGAGCUCAGAGCACAGCUGGAGGACAGCAUGGAGACACAGCAGACUGUUCAGCCAAAUACAGUUUAG